CUCAUGAUAAACUAGAAACCACAACAUUACCACAGCAUUUUUUUUUAAGGUUAGCUUUUAUAAAUACUCCUGUGAAGUGAACAUGAGCAGUUUAGCAUGUAGAGACCAGUCUAUUUCCUCAUUACAUUACUGGCCCCUUAUUUAUAAGACAAGAGCACAUUUGAAACCAUCACAGUCUUCAAAGAAGGAUCACAGCAUGAAGCAACUUAACUCCAGUGAGCUGUCUUCCAAUGUAUCUGCAUCUCCAGGCAAUUUUAUCCUUAAUCCUUCCUGGAACUACAAUGGUCUGAUACGAUCUGUGGUGUUCUGUUUGAGCUUUUUGUUGGGAGUCCCUGGGAACAUCGCUGUGAUUAUUUUCAAACUCAACUUUCAGCACCUGUCCUCUGUGAGCCAGAAACUGAUGCUGAACCUGGUUGUUUCAGAUCUGCUCUGCCUGCUCACUCUUCCAUUGUGGAUUUAUGCGUUUCUCUACAUGUGGACCUUUGGACUGGUAGCUUGUAAGCUUCUAACUUUCUUUGUGUGCUGCAGCUCAUAUGGCAGUGGACUAACUGUGACUGUUUUGAGUGUUCAGCGAUACUUGCUGGUGGUGCAUCAGAAGAAUUGGACACAUCAGAUGGGAGUGAGAUUGCUGCUGGUGCUGUUGUGGCUGGUUUCCAUCAUACUUUCCAUUCCUCCACUGGUGUUUCGACAGGUGACCACUGGUCAGAACAAAACACUCUGUGAAUCCCAGUAUUCCUCAGAAGCUCAGUGGAUCACAGUCCUGCUGGUGGAAGGCCUGGUAGGAUUUACCAUCUUUUUUCUGGUAGUAUUUUCAUACACCCGUCUCCAGAAGAAGGUGAAGCAAGCAGCAUUUUUCAACAAUCCACAGACAACCAGGCUGAUUACCAGUAUCAUCGUGAGUCUUUUAGUUUUCUGGGUUCCAUAUCUUUUUUUCAAUGUUCUUUGUGCUGCAGCUAUUUUUCUACACAAUGAGGAAUUUUUCAAUUAUUGUUUGAAAGCUUUGUUCACAGUUAAAACCCUGCUUUUUGUGAACAGCUGCCUAAACCCAGUCUUGUAUGCAUUUACUUCUCACAUUUUUUGUUGGACAAAAAGGUAAAAUUGCUAAGAUCUGAGCUUUUUAGUUAACAGCGAAACUGUUAUCGAUGAGAGUCUGAGAAAACACCUCUGUAGAAAUUUUUAAAAACCUAUGCUUUUAACAGAAACUCAUAGUGUUCAUAUACAGUUUUUGUAAAUUUAAAUUUUUUGGGAUCACACAGACAGAUCACAAGUUUUUUCCGUCUAGAUUUGUUCCUGAUUGUUUAAAGAAAAAAACUUGUUAAUAGGGACUAUCUAAUGACUCAAUAAAAGAACAUUUUUAUUUCAGAUUACUGCAUUUGCAUAAUAGCAUUGAAAGGAUAUAGUGGAAAUGCUUUCCUUAUUCUUUUAUUUGCACUUAGGGAAUGUAAACAAAAUCACAUGUUUUUUUUAUAUCAGACAUUUUGAAAUGUAACCGUAAAAGAGAUUGCUCCAAAGUAUGGAGCUGUCGUAAACUUGAUCCAUUAAUCCUGUGUUUUUAUCUCUUUGAUUUUUUUAUUUCCUUUGUUUUGAAAUAUUAUGAAUUUUUCCUUUUGUCCUUUUUUGCAGACUUUUGAAUGAUGUCCAAAUAGUCUUAUUACUUCAUAUGUACUUUCUGUAGAUCAGUGAUUCCUGUUUAUAAGAGACACAACUACAGUAAUACCUUUAAUGCAAAUGCAGUCAUAUGGCACACUUUUAUAUUCGGAUAAGUUAUGUUUGUUUUUUGAAUCUUGCCUCUUUGAAAGUUUGUUUUUUCCCCAACUAUUUUUGUGCAAUUACUGAUACUGCACUUUCCAUUAAAACCUUUUUUAUUCAAGUCAUUUUUGAGUACCACUUUUCUGUCUAUUCCUUGCACCGUUAAGUCAAUAAAGUUUUUUCACACUG